GGGCGCUUCCUGCAGGCCGGCCGGCGGGAGGGCAGGGGCCGCGGGCGCCCCCGGCGGCGGGGGCAUGCACGGCCCGCGCGCAGCAUGGCCUCGGCGGUGUUUGAGGGCACGUCUCUGGUGAACAUGUUCGUGCGCGGCUGCUGGGUGAACGGCAUCCGCAGGCUCAUCGUCAGCCGGCGAGGCGACGAGGAGGAGUUCUUCGAGAUCCGCACCGAGUGGUCGGACCGCAGCGUGCUCUACCUGCACCGCAGCUUCGCCGACCUGGGUCGCCUGUGGAAGCGCCUCCGCGACGCCUUUCCGGAGGACCGGCCCGAGCUGGCGCGCGCGCCGCUGCGGCAAGGACUGGUUGCCAUAAAGGAUGCACAUGACAUAGAGACCAGACUCAACGAGGUGGAGAAGUUGCUCAAGACGAUCAUCAGCAUGCCCUGGAAAUAUUCUAGGUCAGAAGUUGUGCUCACCUUCUUUGAAAGAUCUCCUCUCGAUCAGGUGUUAAAAAAUGAUAAUGUACAUAAAAUUCAACCCAGCUUCCAAAGUCCUGUCAAAAUAUCAGAAAUCAUGAGGUCCAAUGGAUUUUGUUUAGCAAACACAGAAACGAUAGUUAUUGACCACAGUAUACCAAAUGGGAAAGAACAACACCUGGGUGUGGAUCCGACAGAGCACUUGUUUGAAAACGGCGAGUUCACUGCUGAGAUGGAGGAUGGUGAUGACCCCACAGCUUAUGUCACCAAUUUGUCCUAUUAUCACCUGGUUCCCUUUGAGACAGACAUUUUGGACUGAGCCUCUUCAACAGGCCUCUGCCAACUCAGCCCUUGAGUGCAUGUCCUAAUGCUAGCUACUGCAUGGCCCCAAUGGCCAAAGCUGCCACUCAGACCUGGGCCUCCCAGGGAUCCAGACCUGGUGAGACCUGGUGUCCUGCGAGUGGAACCACAGGGCUCCUGAUGGCUAUAGGCUGAUGGCAGGUCUCCAGCAAUGGGAGGUCAAGUGGCCUGACGGGUCUCUUUCUGCACUUCACACCACCAGCCUGCCUCUGCAUCUUGGCACUUGCUGGGACUCACUGUCCCACUUGGUGCCUGCAGGGCACACAUUCCAAGUGCUGUCACUGCCUCCUCUCACUGUCACUGCCUCCUUGGGGACAGUAUUCCUCUUAGUCAAGUGGCCCUGGUCAUCCUGACUCCCCACCAUUCCUUCACACGUCAAAGGCACAAAGCAUUUAGAGGGAGGUUUUAACCAAGUUGUGGACAACAUAGGCAGGGGACGUUUAGUGACCCAGGAUGUCCCCAGAAACCAGCAUGUGUGGCUUCUGUAUUUGCUUUUCAUCUCUGGAAACUAGGCUUUGGAUCAACCCAAAGGGAUGUUUACAGAAGGUCAAGCACAAAUGAGGAGUGCUGGCUACAGAUAGGGGAAGUAUUGGUCAUCAAGUGCUCAUAUGAACUUUGACCUGUGAGUUAACUUUUCUUCUCAGGAGGAAAAGAAUCCCUUCCUAGUUGCCAGCAUGUCUCAGGCCUUCUGUGUGGGUAUGACCACUGCCUGUCUAAAGUUCCCUUUUGUGCACUCAGUGACCUAGUUGUUAUAAUGAGUGUAACAGGAAGGGAGCAGGGAGGAAAGCAAAGCUCAGGCUGUGCUCACGGAAGGGUCUGGGUCCUCAUCUCCUCAGUGUCUACUAAUGACCAGCAUUUGCU